UUUAGGGUGGAGCAAUCUGCCAAGCAUUUAAAUUUUUAUAGUCAAAGUAAAAUUAUCUUAUUUUGGAGGCGCAAAGUGACAUUCAACCGUUCUCAACCCGAGCUUCAUUUCCGAUGUCCCAAUGAUCAGAAAAUGGGUUGAACAUGACCGGCAAAGCCAUCUAUUUUCCGGCAUUCUCAUAGGUGUUCCUGCAUUCCGGUUUGCGCGUCGAUCUACGGCUUGCUUCCAACAAUGGCAUUUCCACGGAAGAAGGGUAGGAGAAGAUGUCUGCUAUCUAUGAUAACUGGGAGAGGCUGGUUGCGGCUGUUUUGCGAAAACAGCAGCUGUGGGAGCUUUUUCAUGAUCACUCCAGAAGCCCCAGUAUCCUUUCUGAGGCAUCUGAUUCCAGUGCUAGCUUCAACUCGAGUUCUCGCCUUCGCGAUUUGACCUUUGACUUUUUGAGGUAUGGAAGUUUUUCAAGGUUAUCGAGAGCGUCUCCCAAGCUGGUUCUCAUUUCAGAUUUUAUUCCUGCUAUUGAUAUUAAAGAGGCAUACGUCGUUUUUCCUAAGUUACUUGGGAUGGGAACGUUUGGGAGUGCGUACACCGCUGCAAUGGAUAAUGGGGUGAGAAUUGUGGUGAAGAGACUGAGCAAGUCACUGGGUAUCUCUGAAGUGGAUUUCAAGCGCCAUAUGGAUAUUGUUGGAAAUAUCAGGCAUGAGAACGUGGUUGCAGUAAGAGCUUACUAUUCUACCGAGGAUGAAAGGCUUAUGCUGUAUGAUUACUAUAGUAAGGGGAGCGUGUAUGAGUUGUUACAUGGAAAAAUUGGUGAAAGUCCGGCUCAGGUGGACUGGGAAACCAGACUAAAAAUUGCAAUUGGUGCAGCAAGAGGUAUUGCUGCAAUACAUGCACAAAAUGGUGGGAAGCUUGUUCAUGGAAACAUAAAAGCAACAAACAUUUUUCUUAAUUCUCAACAUUAUGGCUGUGUAUCAGAUCUUGGUCUGACAAACAUGAUAGCAACAACAUUUAUGUCAACAGCGCGGUGCUAUGCUCCAGAAGUCAAGAACACUCGAGAUGCAUCUCAAGCAUCUGAUGUCUAUAGCUUUGGGAUUCUACUACUUGAACUUCUCACUAGAAAGUCUCCUAUACAUGUCCCUGGUGGUUGUGAGGUUGUUGACCUAGUCAAGCUAGUUAGUUCUGUAAAAAGUAAGGUAUGGGCUUCUAAGGUAUUUGAUGCAGAUCUAUUGAAGAAUCCUACGAUAAGAGAACAGAUGGUUACCAUGUUGCAAAUAGGAAUAAGGUGUGUGGCAAAAUCAAUAAAGAGGAGACCUAAAAUAUCUGAAGUAUUGAAGAUUUUACAGGACGUUAAAAAGAUAAACACAGGAAAUAGUGUUUCCUCAAGAAGAAAACUACUGUUUUUUGAGGAUAGUAAUGCCACAUUUGAGCUUGAGGAUAUGCUAAGGGCUUCAGCUGAGGUUCUUGGGAAAGGAACAUUUGGUACUUCUUACAAGGCAAGAUUAGGCUAUGGAAACACUAUCAUGGUAAAGAGAUUGAAGGAUGUCAAUGCUACACAUAUGGAAUUCCAGCAGCAUAUUGAGGUUAUUGGAAGAAUGAGGCAUGGAAAUGUUGCUGAAUUAAGGGCAUACUACUUUUCAGAAGAAGAAGUACUCUUGGUGUAUGAUUAUCAGAAUCAGGGAAAUUUAUCUGCCUUGCUACAUGGCCCUGGUAAGCUACCUUUGGGUUGGAAGAUCCGACUGGAUAUUGCAGUAGGUGCAGCAAGGGGUAUUGCUCACAUCCACCGAGAAGAUGGUUGGAAGCUUGUGCAUGGAAAUAUAAAAUCCUCCAACAUUUUCUUAAAUGGACAAAACCACAGUCUUGUAUCUGAUGUUGGACUAGCAAAAGUGACCAAUGCGAUCAAACGGACCGUUCUGCAAACUCAUGGCCACUGGGCCCCUGAAGUCAACGACACCACGAAAGUCUCCCAAGCUUCUGAUGUCUACAGCUUUGGAGUUGUUCUACUUGAACUUGUCUCUGGCAAGCCAGCUAAGUGGACCGGGGAUGAUGGCAAGGUCAUCUGGCUAGUUGAUUGGGUUCAAUCUUUUAGUCGUGAUGAUUGGAUUUCUGAGGUGAUUGAUUUAGAGAUUUUGAGGUAUCGAGAAGAGGAGGCUGCAAGCUUAGUAUUGCAAAUAGCAAUGGAUUGUGUUGCGACCGUCCCUGAGAGCAGGCCAAGAAUGCCUGAAGUAGUGAAGAUUUUGGAGGAAAUUAGCGGCAUUGAACCAUCCAAUGAUGUGUGGGAAGAUACAUGGGGCCAAGACCAGCCAUCCAUUGAAUCAAGAUUGGAAUAUCUCCUUGAUGAUCUGUUGCCCACACUGCCAUUCUUGAGUAUUUAAAUUUGUGAAUAAGUUUUCUAGUUAUCUCUUUGCAUUUGGUCAUUCAGUAAUUCAACUUGUCUUCAAGAGUGAAAUUUGUGAAUAACCUCUUCUUUUAGCCCACUCAAUAAAUCUCUAUCUUUCUC